AUGCCAUCCAACUGCGUCUCUCGUUUGCUCCUCUUGCUUUCCAUCUGCACGGUUUGGGAGGCGCUGGCCAAAUCUCUUCCAGACCAGGGAGCGUUUGAGGUCCAAAUAAGAGUCCAGGUGUUCGACAAUAGUGACCUUUCACCUUUGGCGGAUGCUCAGGUGGAAGUCCAUGGGAACAAGACUGUUUUGGCAUCCAGCAAGGCGGGUAGUGAUGGUGUCCUGAGGGUUGACUUCUUGUACCGCCUAGGGACAUGGGUCAUCAUUACAGCAUCCAAACAAGACUAUGUAACCAACUCUGUGCCCUGGCACUCCAGCCGCAUCCCAUUGUAUGCUUCAGUCAGCCUGUACCUCCUUGUCCAGAGACCAGGCACACUCAUUCUGUAUGAUGAUGUCCUGCAGGUGCUGUCCGGGUCACCGGGUGCUCGGAACCAGCCGUUGGUGCAACUCCAGAGAAAGUCUCUUCAGCUGCCAAACAGCUCCAACUACACAGCUUUGUCUGCUGUGUUGACAACAGCCAGGAGCCAGUAUGAAAUAGGUGGCUUCCCCUACCUGCUAGGCCGAGAGACCAACAGCUCAGGAGUGGAAACAGGAUGGACAGACCUGACAGCACUGGCAGUGGUCAGCGUCCAUCUUUUCAACAAAGAUGGCAGUACCAUCCAGGUCUCAGACCCAAUCCACAUCUCAGUACCCCUCCCCUCUGAUACCCGCAAUAGGAUUGCCACAAGUGUACCCGCUUGGGUGUACCAACCCAAGACAGGGCUAUGGGUUCGGAAUGGGACUGGGUACAUCAAAAAGGAAGGCACACAAUUCAUCUGGAAUGUUGUGGUUCCUCAGAUGGGCUAUUGGUUAGCUGCCUUCCCAUCAUCCUCAGGCAUGGGUCUGAUCCACCCGGGCCUGAGGGAUAUCACCACCUACCACACCCUGUUCUUGCUCUCCAUUUUGGGUUCACUGGCUCUGUUGGUGCUCAUCCUACUUUGUGUGCUGCUCUACUACUGCAGGCGCAAGUGUCUGAAACCACGACGCCAGCAAGGCAAGCCCCACACUUCCAAUCUAAAUGGCUCUAAGAGAGACCAAGGCACAUCCACUUCACGCUUAAAUCUAAUAUGUGGAGGUCAUGUAGAAUCUGGCCCCUCUGCUGACACAGUCAAAUCUGACAUGUCCCCAUCUCGAGACUACCAGAGUUCAAGGGAAGAUUUCACCAAGCACGUCCCAGCUCACAAGUUGCGACACUCCAAGGGAAAAAAUACCUCAGGCCCUCAAAGGGGUGAAAGCUUCCCAAUGAAGGUUACUCGUGCCACAGAGACCAACAACCUGGAUAACCCUUUGCUACAUGAAGACUAUAGCCGAAGCUAUAGCCCCAUGGAAGACAAGGAGUCUGAAUAUCACCGACAUCAUAAUGCCAAUGACAAUCGAGGAUACUCCUCCGAUCCCCCGUCCCCACCUCGCUUCCAAGGCUACAUGCCAAACCAGUCUGACAAACCUCCAGAUUAUUCAGCUGCAGCAGCAGACAACCUUGCCAGACCCACCUCCCUCAACACUCAACCUGGCCAGAUCAUCUUCUGCAGCUCCAUCGACCAAAUGAAGGAGAACAUGUACCGGAGCAUGGUCCCAACUCUGGUCAUUCCAGCCCACUACAUGCGUCUGUCCUCAGACUUUUCUGGUAAAGAUGGCAAAGACCAGAAGGAACAAGACAAAGAGUGUGCGCAAAUGGGAGGAGGCCAGCAGCAUCACCAUCACACCCAGAAACAGGGUCAACAACAGGCGCAGCAACAGCAACAAAGUGGUGAUGACUCUGAGGAACCAAGUUGGGCCUCUGACUCAUCUGGUGGGCCUGUGACCAUCCCCGUGCUUUUCAAUGACUCCACCAUGGCCCAGAUGAACGGAGAACUACAGGCUCUGACUGAGAAGAAACUUCUAGAACUGGGUGUGAAGCAGCACCCACGGGCAUGGUUCAUCUCCCUGGAUGGACGUGCUAACGCCCAUGUGCGUCACUCCUACAUCGAUGUUGGCAACGACCUCAGCGGUAGUGGCAUUGGCUUUGGGGGCAGUUCCAGCAGUGCUAUCCGAGAUGUUAACCUUGAACCACCCAAUGAGGCCCAGGAGCGCAAGGCAGCAGCAAUCAGGAAGGGGAAAGAUGAGCGCUGGGGCACAGGGGGCCGUAAAGGGCAUGGUAUCAGCAGCAGUGGCGGAAAGACCUAUUCCAAGCUAGCCUACCCAGACCACAGUGAGCCAAGCAGUAGUGAAGGGCGCCCAGUGUCACCUGAGGAGAAUUCCCUCACUCCUCUUCUGGAUGAAGGGCCUUCAUCACGAGGAUCCACCAUCCCCAGAAGGGGUCGCAGUCGUGUGAACAGCAGCCGCAGCAGCAAUAGUGAGAAUCGCCGUGACUCCAUGACCAGUCCCGAGGAUGAUCCAGAUGACAAAGACGAGAACAAGAAGAGUCCAUGGCAGAAGAUUGAAGACAGACCUCUCAUGGUUUUCCAUCCCAAGAAGUAA